GUAGCCCUCGACGGUCGUUUCAACCGUUCGAGAGAGAGAGGAUCAAUGAAUAUUCAAUCGUUAGUUCGUUGAAUUAAAAAAUUGGAAUUGUUUUCUUGUUUUUUUUUCUCAAGUUCUGUUGCUUUGGUAUUGGGGGUUGGGGGAGAGGAGUAUGACGUGGAUUUGAGGAGAUUCAACAGCGAGAGAGCACGCGUAAUCCAGGAGUAUCGGACAAACCAGUGGUGAAAAAAAAAUCAUUCUGUCGUUUGGAUGCCAGUGAGGGAGUGAUGCAGAGGACGAUGAAAACGCUGCGGUUAGCAUGAUUAAAACUCGUGGCUGGAGAAUUGUUCUGUUUCUGCUGAUUCUCGAGGCACUCGAGGCUGUCACCGUUGUUGAUCAGUACUCGGACGACGAUGAUUACGUACUUGAACAUGAAGUCACGUAUGACGAGGCACUGGAGAAGGCGAGAGAUCUCACUUUGUCGAAAGGUCCGAUACCUGGCUGCAGAACCUGCACGUACGAGGAGAUGACAUACUGCAAGGACGGAAGUGUCAUCAGCGAUCAUUGUUGCUGCGACGGUGGUUACCACAGAGCUUUUCCAUUCGUACAACACACGUGUCUAGUUGGCAAAAAGGUCUGCACAGUGGCAGCUGGAGACUGCGCUGAGUACGAGAGACUCAGGGAAUGCUGUUGCCAUUCAUACCUAGGCUCCGAUUGGAAAUAUCGAGCUGGUGGAGCUGAAGCCAUAAAACCCGCAGUCCUCACGACAGGACUAUUAUUGUUAUUCGGAUACCUCUGGAAGAUCGUCUAAACCACUCUAGAUUUAUAUUAUUUUAUAUAUACUGCCUGCUUACAAACAAAUAAAUUAUUUUUACAUCGCCAUGAUAAAAAAAAUGUCGUCAAUUACCCCAGAGAGAUCAAAAGAAUUGCCUCCUGACAUGCAAGCCAUUGUCCAUUCACCUGAGGAAAUGAUAAAUGCCGGAAUUUUCACGUGGGAACCAGCCAAUCUCGAAGCAAAGAGCAUAACUCGGAGAUAAUUGCGGAUAAAUGUGUAAAAAGUGUAAACAAAAUGGUCGUACUUGGGGACGAUGAUAACUGAGUUGUCACAUUUUUUUUUUUUUCGUGAGAGAAGAAAAAUAUUGAAUAAGUGAUUGACUAUCGACACGUGGAGACGAUUGGAGUGAGUAUUCAUUCAGGAAUAUCAGCGGCAAAUUGAAUAAAUAAAAAGUAUCGGUGAAUUAUCAGUUCCGUUGAUAAAUAAUGAGAAUCCAUCAUCAUUUAUCGGGUGUUCUUCAUUAUUUCUUGAGUGGGGGAAAUGUUGCGAGGAAAGUGGAGCACUCGUUGAGAUGUAAGUGGAAAACAAUCGCUGAAAGAUGGGGAAUAAACACUUUUCAUUACAAUCAAUGAAACUGUUCAGCUCUGGUAUGUUAAUAAUUAUGAUUAAAGUUCACGGGAUGUUCGCGUCGAGAGCCUGAUGAAGCUAAAAUAAUUAGCGAAACGUCGCACAUGUGACAAUUUGGUCGACGAUGGAAUUAUUUCACGUGAAUAAUU